GCGGGACUGAGGCUGUGUUUGGCCAUAUCCCAGUGACUGGAGAUUCAAGCUCAUCUGUUACCUACUUUGAUUUCUUGGAUCUCUCUGAACUGGAGCAACUUAAAAGAUCAAUAUGGCCUGGCCAGAGAAAUCAAGUUGUACCAAACAAAGUGAGGAUUCCAGUCAUUUCCCUGAGAUUAUUGAACUCAAUGUAGGUGGUCAGGUGUAUAUCACUCACUAUCCUACUUUGGUCAGCAUUCCUGGUUCCCUGCUCUGGGAAAUGUUCAGUGAAAAGAAUCCUUGCUCCCUGAUCCAGGACAACAAAGGGAGAUUCUUUGUAGAUCGAGAUGGUUUCCUAUUUCUAGACUACAUGAGAGAUAAGCAAGUAGUGCUUCCUGACCACUUUCCAGAGUGGGGUCGGCUCCAGAGAGAAGCAGAAUACUUCAAGUUGCCAGAGCUUGUCAAGAUGUUGACUCCUAAAAUAAACAAGCUCAAUUUAAUUGGCACUGACAUAUGCCAAAGUGACCUAGACGAGCUGUCCCCCAACACUGACACCAUAUAUAAUCUCUCUUCAAGUAAUAUCAUCCAAAUUAGUGGUCUGGUUAAUCCCCUUGCUCUGAAAAUGGGAACUGGUUCUGGCCUCAAGAAGGCAGGCUUCAUCACUAUUGGCUAUCGAGGCUCCUAUACUCUGAGUCGGGACAGCCAAACAGAUGCUAAAUUCCGCCGUGUGGCCCGAAUCAUGGUGUGUGGCAAGACUUCAUUGGCCAAAGAAGUGUUUGGAGAUACUCUGAAUGAGAGCCGAGAUCCUGAUCGUCCUCCUGAGCGAUACACUUCUCGAUACUACCUCAAAUUCACUUUUCUGGAACAAGCCUUUGACAAACUAGCUGAUGCUGGCUUCCAUAUGGUAGCAUGCAACUCCACUGGCACCUGCACUGCCACCCCUGAUCAGACAAAUGAUAAGAUCUGGACCUCUUAUACUGAAUAUGUUUUCCACCGUGAGUAA